GCGAUUGGUUGACGCUGGCGGAAGGAGUUGGCCGCCCGGGGGCCGGGGGGGGGGGGCAAGAUGGCGGCGGUGCUGGAAGUGGAGGUUGGAGGCCCCGUCGAACACGAUGUGGAGGAGGUUGACCUUUCGCACUUGUCCCCGGAGGAGAGAUGGAGGGUGGAGCACGCGCGGAUGCACGCCAAGCACCGCGGGCACGAGGCGAUGCACGCCGAGAUGGUCCUCAUCCUCAUCGCCACGCUGGUGGUGGCACAGCUGCUGCUGGUCCAGUGGAAACAGCGGCACCCGCGCUCCUACAAUAUGGUGACGCUCUUCCAGAUGUGGGUAGUGCCUCUGUAUUUCACCAUCAAGCUGAACUGGUGGCGGUUCCUGGUGAUCUGGGUGCUCUUCUCGGCGGUCACAGCUUUUGUCACCUUCAGGGCAACUCGCAAACCUCUGGUACAGACAACGCCCAGACUGGUUUAUAAAUGGUUUCUACUAAUAUACAAGAUCAGCUAUGCCACUGGGAUCGUGGGGUACGUGGCGGUGAUGUUCACACUCUUCGGUCUUAACUUCUUAUUCAGAAUCAAGCCAGAAGAUGCGAUGGAUUUUGGCAUCUCCCUCCUCUUCUACGGCCUUUACUACGGGGUGCUGGAGCGGGACUUUGCCGAGAUGUGUGCGGAUUACAUGGCCUCCACAAUUGGGUUCUACAGCGCCUCGGGGAUGCCCACCAAGCACCUCUCCGACAGCGUCUGCGCCGUCUGCGGCCAGCAGAUCUUAGUGGAUGUCAACGAGGAGGGAAUCAUCGAGAACACCUACCGCCUCUCCUGCAACCACGUGUUUCACGAGUUCUGCAUCCGUGGCUGGUGCAUCGUCGGGAAGAAGCAGACGUGUCCCUACUGCAAGGAGAAGGUGGAUCUCAAGCGGAUGUUCAGUAACCCUUCCUGCCCAGCUGGGAGAGGCCUCACGUCAUGUACGGGCAGCUGCUGGACUGGCUGCGGUACCUGGUGGCCUGGCAGCCGGUGAUCGUCGGCCUGGUCCAGGGCAUCAACUACAUCCUGGGGCUGGAGUAAGGGCAGGCGCUGGGGAGCCGCGCGAGGACACGUCCCCGGGCAGGGGACAGCAGCAGGGGACGCUGGCUUUUCUUCCGUCACCUCUCAGGACCUCGGCCGCCCCCGAGGACCGUGGCAUUUGGGGGGCUGAGGGAGGACCCUGCCCUGGGGCCCCUCUCCCCGUAGGGCUGGGGGAGGCUAUUUUGUUUUUUUUUUUUAAAAAAAAAAAUGAAAAAGCAAUUAUUUUAAUGAACAUAUUUAAAACUUUCUAUUGCAGAUGACAAGAGACGCUUGUCCCGUUUCCCUCCCCGGCCCUUGGCACGGCCCCGGCCGGCCGAGGUUUUGGCUGGGGGCUCGUCUCCAUCUCCCCCUUCUGCCGGGGAAGGUGACAGGGAGAGGGGCCGAGGCGAGGAGGGGACACGGGGCAGCAGGGACAGGGUUGGGCUGCCCGGGGGGCCGGAGCCCAGCGCCAGGGGACAGGGGCACCGGGCGCUCUCCUGGGCCGGGACGGGGGCCCUGCCUCGGGUGACGCUGUUGUACCCUCCUGUCUUUCCUCCGUUCCUCCCCGGCGGAUGGCGGCGGUGCCCGGUGCCGCGGCUCGACGGCCAGCCGGGUGCCCUUUCCCUGCACCCUUUUUGGUGACGGUACAUCAAGAGCAGCCUGAAAGCACAUUAACCCCGUCCCGCAGCUCGGGGACACCUCGCCGGGAUUUGCUCCUUUGGCACUAGUGACGGGGACGGAGCGAAGGGCACGGGCUGCGCUGGCAUUUCCCUGCCCCGGCGUCGCGCCAGCAUUGCCGAGGCUCCGUCCCUCUGGCGCGAGGGGCCUUGAGCUCGGUUUUUGGCAGCGGGCGGGCACAGCCUGUGACAACAUCUGAGGACAAAGUCCCUGACCCCAGGGAGAGGCCGGGGCGUUUUUUGGGUGGCAGGGACUUGCAUUUCCCAGCCGUGUCCCCUGAGGGUGCCGGGGUCUGGCGAGAGGCCGCGGCGAGGGGACACGAGGCCGCGUCCCCCCGUUCCUGGAGCGUGGGGGAUUUGGGAAGUGGCGGCGGCUGCGUCACGGGGGGACCCGCCGUGGCUGCGCCACGUGCCCUGCCGAGCCCUGCUGCUUUUCUUGCGGGUGAAACCACGUGGUGAUGUCGUGCCAAAACACAGAAAUAGAGUCCUGGAAACGGA